AUGGAAGAUCUUCUAAACAAUUCCAACUUUGGAUUUUUCAUAAAAUUAUGAAACAAAUCAAAGUUUACCAAUUUAAUUGUACGUAAAAGCAAUUUAUUUAAAUACUGCAUAAUAUAUAAUUAAUAAAAAUGAUAAUGAUAAUACUUAUUAAGAGUCAGAAGAAAGAACCGAGUUGAGCCAAACAAACUAAAAAAAAAAAUGCAGAGCAUCAUCAGCAGCACUUCACUCAUCAACUCCCGCCUCCCAAUUCCGACGCCCAAACAGUCCAAAACCUCCUUCGCCACCGCCAGCCGAACACGACGUCGUUUAGCCAUUCGAAUGUCCCUGAACGAGACUCCCAAACCCCCAGACCUCCCUUCUUCUCUCGUCUCCUCCGUCACCAACCUCCUCUGGGGGCCAUCCCUCCCACCGGGUCUCCUCAUCUCCACCGUCCGUACAGCCUGGCACUCCACGUGGCGCCUCAUGAUGUCCCAGCUCGCUCCCCCCGAUCCAUCCGGCGGUUACUCCCGACCCGCCUCCAGAUUCCGGGCCGACAAACUAACCCGCCAAAACCCAACAACCCUCCAUCUCUACGUGGGCCUCCCUUGCCCCUGGGCCCACCGCACCCUCAUAGUCCGGGUCCUCAAGGGCCUCGAGGACGCCGUGCCCGUCUCGGUUGCAGCUCCCGGAACAGACGGUUCGUGGGAAUUCAAGGAUAUCCAAGGUAGGGACGAGGAUACCCUUAUCCCGACUAAGGAUAAGGCCAGUGGGUGUAGAACGUUAAAAGAAGUAUAUGGACUCAGAAGAGGAGGGUACAGUGGGCGGUGUACGGUUCCAAUGCUAUGGGAUACGGCGGCGAAAGAGGUUGUUUGCAACGAGAGCUACGAUAUCAUCCGAUUGCUCAAUUCGGAGUUCAACGGGUUGGCCCGAAACCCGGAUUUGGAUCUUUAUCCGCCGUAUUUGAAGGAGGAGAUUGAGAAAUGGAAUGGAGUUAUCUACCCGAAUGUGAAUAAUGGGGUUUACAGAUGUGGAUUUGCUCAGAGUCAAGAGGCGUACGAUGAAGCAGUGAAGGGGUUGUUUAGUACGUUGGACAUGUUAGAUAAUCAUCUAAGUAGUUCGAGAUACUUAUGUGGAGAUAAGCUUACUCUUGCUGAUGUUUGCUUGUUCACUACUUUGAUUCGAUUUGACCUUGUUUACAAUGGUUUGUUUAAGUGCACAAAAAAGAAGCUGGUCGAGUACCCAAAUCUACAUGGCUAUAUGUGUGAGCUUUAUCAGUUUCCGAAGGUUGCUGAAACUUGUAAUUUUGGGGCGAUUAUGGAUGGUUACUAUGGAACACUUUUUCCACUGAAUCCAGGUAGCAUUAGACCUGUUAUCCCUUUGGGUUGUGAGCAUGAAGUUCUCUGUAGACCUCAUAACAGGGAAUCAUUAUCCUUUGCAAAUGAAAGUAGUGAGAUCUUUGUAUCAUAAUAUACUUCCAACAAGUUAUGACAUAAUCUUCUUUUUGUUUUUUGGUAGAGAAAAUUCUUGUAUAUGUACUUGAAUAAUUGUAAUGAUCAUGCACAGCAUAGACAUUGGUCACUGUA